UAUUGUGUGUGUACCUCUGUUGAGAGUGUGUGUGCGAGAGUCUGUGUGUUACGAAUGUGUGUGUGAAUCAGUCUGCGAGUGUGUGUAUGACUGCGUGAGUGAGCGUUUGUGUGGUGAGUUUGUGUGUGGUGUGUGUGUGUGUGUGCGCGGUGGUGAGUGAGUGUGAGCUGAUCCAGAUUCGGGCCGACUCUGCCUCGUUACUCCGUGUCCGUCCCUCGGGACCCCGGGACGGACCAAUCCCCUUCCCUCACUGCCUGCCUGACAUUGCGCGCACUCUGUUUUAAUGAGACACUUUAAAUAUUAACAUGAACGCCUCUCUCCUUCCCCGCAGGCCCGCUGUUAACCCUUUGCUCUCCCCUUGAGGGGCUCCAACCGACCCCCCAGAGGCGGGGAUAGCGCCGAGAUUGAGCGUCGGUGAGACAGGCGGCCGCUCGGCCCCUCGGCGCCGUGCUAACGCUGGCGCCCCAAGCCCGGGUUUGCAUCGGUUCGGCGCGGAGCUCCGAUGGAGAACGCGGUGGUCAGAGGCGUCUAUCUCCUUCUCGCUCUCUCCGGGCUGCUCCCGGGACCCGUUUGCGGUCAGGAGAAGACGCGCUCCCAGGCAGAGGAGAGACUCUUCAAGCACCUCUUCUCCGGCUACAACCGCUGGUCCAGACCUGUUCCAAACAGCUCAGAUGCUGUCAUCGUGAACUUUGGCCUCUCCAUUGCCCAGCUCAUCGACGUGGAUGAGAAGAACCAGAUGAUGACGACCAACGUCUGGCUCAAGCAGGAAUGGUUUGAUUACAAACUCACGUGGGAUCCUGCGGAGUUCGAUAACGUUACCUCAAUCCGUGUCCCGUCUGAGAUGAUCUGGAUACCUGACAUCGUUCUUUACAACAAUGCGGACGGCGAGUUUGCUGUGACACACAUGACCAAGGCUCACCUCUUCUCGGCCGGUAGGGUCCAGUGGGUGCCCCCCGCCAUCUACAAGAGUUCCUGCAGCAUCGACGUCACCUUCUUCCCCUUCGACCAGCAGAACUGCAGGAUGAAGUUUGGCUCCUGGACCCACGACAAGUCCAAGAUCGACCUGCGGUCCAUGGACAGGAACGUGGACCUGAAGGACUACUGGGAGAGUGGUGAAUGGGCCAUCGUCAAUGCCGUGGGCACCUACAACACCAAGAAGUACGACUGCUGCUAUGAGGUGUAUGUUGACAUCACGUACUCCUUCAUCAUCAGGAGGCUGCCGCUCUUCUACACCAUCAACCUCAUCAUCCCCUGCCUCCUCAUCUCCUGCCUGACCGUCCUGGUCUUCUACCUGCCGUCGGGUUGCGGGGAGAAGAUUACCCUUUGUAUCUCCGUCCUGCUGUCGCUCACCGUCUUCCUGCUGCUGAUCACGGAGAUCAUCCCCUCCACCUCCCUGGUCAUCCCCCUCAUCGGCGAGUACCUGCUCUUCACCAUGAUCUUCGUCACCCUCUCCAUCGUCAUUACCGUCUUCGUCCUCAAUGUCCACCACCGCUCUCCCAACACCCACAAGAUGCCGCGGUGGGUGCGCAGGGUGUUCCUGGACCUUGUUCCCCGCUGGCUCUUCAUGAGGAGACCUGGGCGUCAGGUGGAGACCUUUGUCAACCACCACAGCCUGUUGGAGCUGCCGCUGGGGCCCCGGCAGGGCUGCCCUCAGGCCCAGCCCAGGGACUCCAGUGCCGGCCUGGCCCUGUGCCACACCAGGCCGGCGCUGGGCACGCAUGGCCACCUCUGCCAGGGCCGCCCAGAGCCCGGCAAGUGCCCAGGAGGGAGAGCCAAUCACAGCUGGAGAGGCAGCCCCAGCGAGGGUGCUGAGGUCGAGUCCAACCCGCUGCUGUCUGCCAGCAUCAUCCGGGCACUGGAGGGGGUGAACUACAUCGCCAACCACCUGCGAGCGGAGGACGCCGACUUCUCGGUCAAAGAAGAUUGGAAGUAUGUUGCCAUGGUGAUUGACCGAAUCUUUCUCUGGAUAUUCAUCAUUGUUUGCCUGUUGGGAACCUUUGGACUCUUCCUGCCUCCGUGGUUGGCUGGAAUGAUUUGAAGGUGGGAAGACAACACACUCCAACCGACCCUGCCUACCGCUGACCCAGGUCUCCAGGGCAGAGGGUACCUCGAGCCCCACACACUGAACCCCAGCACCACUCUCUGCACCCAACCGUCAUCAAUAAUGCAUUUUGAUGGAACCAGAUAUUAAUAAAAGUUCAAAUUUGAACAUUGUGGAUUUGCAGUUCAAUAAAGCUCCCAUCAGCAGC